AUGUCUGAUUACUUCCCGACCUCCUACCAUGUCAGAUUACACUUCUCAGACGACUUUUCCGAGCCCGACGCCCUCAGCUCCAGCCCUGGAGUCAGCCGGCCAUCAACACCUACUCAAGACGAUAAUCUCGCCAGUGAAAUGGAUAUGAUAGAGUUCCAGGACCUUCCGGAACUCCCUGAAGACUUGGGAGAUGAUUUCGAUGCCCUGAAUAAACUGGGAAUUACCACUUCAUACGCUUUCCAAUGUCGCGCGAUUCUGUCUCUCAGUAAAGCAGCAGUACGCGAAGUCCGAAGAGUCGCAAAUGACCCGUCGAAAAUCACUGUUCUCCCCUAUGACAACUUCAAUUGGGUUCAGAACUCACCAGAAUCGACUACCCUUCAUCAUUCCGUGCAACACGACCAGGUUUCUGCGCUACUUAUUGUUGUUCCGACGGAAGGCACCGAAUUGGAGGGAAAGUCUGCGCAUGACAUUCUCAACCUCAAAGAUUUCGAGGCUACGAAACGCAUGCGACAUGAACUCCCAGCUCAUAAGUCACUUUCGGACAUACUGCCGUCCCUUGACGAUCAUCACACUUUUCGCCAGAACGCUAUCAUCCAUGUUGCCCGCAUAUUGACUGAAGAGAUUCCCUCCUACAAUUACCUCCAAUCCGCACUUCCCCGCCUAAGUGACCCCAAGGCAAUCCCGACGAGAAAAACAGAGGAAUACUACCUGCCUACAUUCGAUCAGGAGCAAGGAUCGACUCGAGGCAAUAUGGUGGUACUCGAACAUUACUUUCAAAAUGUUCUUCAAGUCCCUGUCCAGAAAUUCGAAAAUUACAUGCAGCUUCUCCUCGGCGAUCGUCUUACCACUGCUCGGGACCGUGCAGCUCAAGAUCAGCGCCAACCAGAUACUUCCCCGCACAAAUUCGACCAUCUUUCCUCAUUUGCUAUGCUCAGCGGCCUUAUGCAUUUCGUCAUGAACUUCAUGCAAGCAGUUGGAGGUACCUUCUGGGGAAAUCCAGACCCCUCUGAUCCUCUAAGUCUUGUUAAUUUACGAGACCACAUCAACCGACAAACGAUCAACCUCCGAAAGCUCGAUUACUACGGGUGGAUUCGAUUCCUUGACGCCAUACUACGUGCCCUUAUACAUCACGCAUCGGACGUGCUCAAGGAUUCAGGGCCAUGCACGGACAUCCAAUCUGUGGAUGAUCUUAUUCAUCACGCAACAGAGAUUGUGGAUAACUUUGCUGUUCAGAGCAUCAGUCGCCUCGAAGCCACCAAGGUUAAGGUUCUCCCAGGAAAUACCACAACAUCCAAUGCUAUCAUAUUAUUCCACCACCUCCUCCUACUUCACGAAAUGCAAAGUGCAAUCAAGCUUGGCCACCCGGGGCGGAUCACACGGAUGCUCAAGUUCUGGUGUCCGAUUUUCUAUGCUGCUGGAAGCUUCAACUACGCCAAUGAAACAAUGGAAUUACUGCACAACCUCAUACAUGACUGGCCUAAAGACUUUGCAACACUGGCUACACAUGGAAUGCUCGUAAAUCCAAGGGGAAGGGAUGGUGACUGGAAACCAACAGAUAUCUCCAACGAACAUUACAACGACCAUAUCAAAGAGCGUGCACAUGGCCCCAACUCCAGCCCCGAGCUCCUUGAAAAAGUAACUCCAGCAAUGGGACAUAUCAUGGAACUCACGAUCGGACUCUUCGAGGAACUUGGGGUUGAGCAACAGAAUCAAAAACAUAGCCACGUCUCGCAGUCAAAUGAUAUACGGUUGCUCCGGGAAUACCUCGAGUCUCGACAUGUAUUCAAGUGGGAUCGGGAUACACCAUCGACGGGGAACUUUAUCAACUUGUUUACCGAGGGCCAGAAACGCUUAUCAGGGCCUACUGGCGGGCAUGCGAAGCACUUGGCUCGCCACACGCUCCGACAUCGUUCCCGACACUCAAUAGUAGAAGAGAGCUGCACGCAGCCGGACAUCUACCAAGAGUUAGAGAUUGCCAAAGAUGCUACUAUUACCCCAGCGUCCACCCACCUCAGAAGUACAGUGCUAGAAUAUCAACUGGAUAUACAAGACAUAGUUACAGUAGGAGAGGAGUAUAACGAAGGAGAGGGAAUGUAUAAUAUUAAUGUAUAG